AUGAGUAGGGGUUACUUCGCAGACAUCUCUGAGAUCCGCAAGAACGCCGGCAAGAUUGCGGCAGCAGAUAAGGUCAUCAUCCCAGAGAUUGAUGCUGUGAAGUUCCCUGAUCUUGCUGUGGAGUCCCCUGAUGCCGGGGCGUUGCAUCUGCCUCUUGUUGCGCCUACUCCGCAAGAUGCUGAUCAUGAGGCUGGCGAUACGGUGGUUCCUGAUGUGUCAUUGGUGUGCCUUUCCUUUCGUGCAAGCUCGCAGAAAAUGGCAGAGUCAUGGAGUCUACCUUUUCUGGAUUCAUUUGGUGCUGCCAACAAAAUUCAUGUUUAUGAGGUCUCAUUUAUAGAUUCUUGGCUGUUAUCAUCGAGUCCUGUGAGACGAGUAUUCCUUAAGGUGAUGAGAAAAUCUAACAAUCCGCACAGACAUGUUGUCUAUGCUUUUGGGGACCACUAUGACUUCCGGAAGAAGCUUCAAAUUCUAAACCUUCUUACUGGGUACAUAUACCUGGUCGAUCGCCUGGGAAGAAUAAGAUGGCAAGGCUUCGAUCGGAACUGCGACAUCAGAAGAGUUGUCAUCACUAACGGUGUGCACCUCCAUUUUGUUAGAUGA